AUGGCAAAAUUAGAUCCAACCAAGAAACUUUCAUUCAGCUUUUCUGGUUGUGGUUUCCUGGGCCCUUAUCAUCUCGGCGUUGCAUCUUGUCUUCUUAAAAAUAAACUAAUAUCACCGGAUACAAAAUUUUUAGGAGCAUCAGCCGGUUCAUUAGUAGCAGCUUGUCUUGCCUGCGAUAUUCCACCUGGCGAUUUUAUAUAUUUAGCAGUUCAUGUUAUUUUAGAAAAAUUGGAUAAAUCAUCAUUGAAUAUAAAUCGUCUUCUAUAUGAUCGUCUUAAGCUCAAAUUACCAAAUGAUGCACAUAUCAGGGCUAAUGGCCGUCUGUACAUAAGUGUUACCAGGAUUAGUGAUUUGAAAAAUGUUAUCAUCAAUCAAUUCAAAUCUAAAAAGGAACUGAUCAAGGCAUUACAAUGUUCAUGUUUUAUACCAUUAUGGUCGGGUUUAUUACCGCCUGAAUUUGAUGGCAUCUCAUAUAUUGAUGGUGGAUUGACGAAUAAUUCACCAAUAUUGGAUGAAAAUACUAUAACCGUAUCACCAUUUUCCGGUGGAGGUGACAUAUGUCCACCGGGUGAUGAUUUAUUUAAAUUUAAUUUUAAAAAUAUAACGAUAUCGAUAUCACCAUUAAGUAUAAAUCGCAAAUUAAAGGUAUUAUUUCCAAAUCCGUUCGAAUUGGACGAAAUAAAACAACAAGGUAUCGAUGAUGCACUUCGUUAUCUUAAACGUGACACAGAAAUAGAUAGGAGAUUCGGAUUUAUGGAGGCCACGCAAUUUAUUGGAUUGGGAAUUUUCCCGUUUUCACUGUUUCAGACUGUUUUUUCGAUGAUACAAACUUCAGUCCAUUCUAAACGGCCAUAA